AUGAGGACUUUAGAAAGAAGGAUGGCGAGGUAUGAAGGAAGUAUUAUGGAGCCGAUUCCACCUGUACUUGGAGUAGGUGAGCGAGAGCUGAUUCUUGUCACUCAUGAUAAGUGUAGUUUCUGUGCAAAUGAUGGAAAAAAAGAAAUUUGGAUGCAUGAUGAAAAAAUGCCAUUGCGUAAGAAAGGGAAUGGAAAGUCAAUUAUGGUGAGCGAAUUUCUUUUAGAAGUGUGUGAAAGGUUACAAUUAAGCGAAGAAGAAAAAAAAAAUCCUAAUAUUCCUGCAGAAGCAUGCUCAAAAUUCCCUAAUGCAAUGGCCGUUUUUGGCUUCGAUAAUAGUAUGAAUCAUUUAGCAUUUGCGGAUGAUGCCCUUUUGAUGCAAAGAAUGAACAAAGGCCUUGGAGGAAAGCAAAGUAGGAAAACCCAAAGGAAUAAAAAGAGUGUUAGAGAAAAGAAGUCUAUAGAAAGAAGGAUUAAAUUUGGAAUGUUUAAUUCUGCUAUCGUGAAAUUAAUUGAAGGUGCUGGCCAUAUUUGCAUUUUUUAUCCAAAGUUCCAUUGUGAACUUAACUUUAUUGAAAUGUAUUGGAGUGCAGCUAAAAGAAAAUUUGCCAGAAAAUCAUGGAGAUAUAUGGAGUUAUACCAUAAGGGACUGACAGGAAAAUUAGCAGAACAAGCAUGCAAAAAAUUUAAAUCAUAUAGGCAAAUUUCUCAAAAAGAAUUAACGUUAUUUUUACAGGAAAAUGGUGGCAAUAACAUUUAA